UUCACAGUGGCGAGGAGAGUGACGUCACUCAAAGCUCCCUUCAGUGCAGUCUCCACUCCUUUCCCCUCUCCCAAGAGCAAAGAGCUUUCGCUGGCAGGCAACUGAGCUGAGACCUCACCAUCACCACCACCGACACCAAAAGCAGCAGCUGCUGCUCCUGCGUCGAGGACUGAGGGGGAGGCCGGAGGAGGAAGAGGAAUGGUAUUGGGGGGAGGCCCUCUAGGCGCCAUUAUUGGCCGCUAUCCCUCCGCCGCCGCCGGUGAUGAUGAACAAGGGGACCCCGGGCCCGGAGGAAGCGUCAUUCGCCAUGACCGCAAGUGCCGGGACUGGCCCUUCCUCUUCCUCUUCGCCGCCUUCUGGGUCGCCAUGAUUGUCAACUCCAGCUUCGGAUUCAACCAGGGCAACCCACUCAGGCUGACAUACGGACUGGACUACAAAGGGAACAUAUGUGGCAGCAGGCACGGUGAUCCUGAUUUGCGUGAGUUGGAUGUUCGCUAUUGGUUGAACCCCAACCAGGUCUACCAAAGUGGGCUCAAAACCAGUCACAUCGAGCUACCUGACGCUAAAGCCAUCUGCCUGAUGGAAUGCCCACUUCCUGCCGAAGAUGGCUUGAAUUUUGUUUGCGAUUAUCCAGAAGGUGACAUACGCCUCUCUGUCGAUGAUUGGAUUGACAGGGACUACGAUUACUUCGAGUACCUCACACCAGACAUGAGGAAUAGUUCUCUUCAGCUGCAGGGUCCUUGUUACCCUGUCAUAUUUCCAAGUGUAAAUGUCUACUGGAGUUGCCAGUUUAUUGCACGGGCAUCCAAUGCCUCUUUGAAGCAUUGGAAGGACAUGGGUGGUGUCAGCAUCGAUGAAAACAUGCUAAUAGAUGAAACAAUUCAUGAUGCAAUCAACAGCAAAUCUGCCGUCAUGAAGAGAUAUGUUGCAGAUAUUGGGAAGUCCUGGCCUGUGUUAAUCCUUUGUGGGGGAUUACUCCCUCUGUUCCUGUCUGUGAUCUGGUUACUCAUGAUUCGUUUUUUUGUUGCUGGGAUGUCUUGGAUAACAGUGGUGGUCUUCAAUGCUCUUGUGAUAUCUGUUACAAUGUUCUUCUAUAUAAAAGCUGGUUGGAUAGGCCAUGAUCCUUUGACUGUUGUAAUUGGUGAAAGUGAUCCUUAUGUUAGCAUAGGUGGACGGGAGAUAAAUCACCUUCAUGCUGCUUCUGUCUUGAUGACAGUGAUAAUGAUACUUGCUUUCCUGACUUCAAUAGCUAUUGCUCGGCGCAUUAUGAUAGCAACAUCUGUCUUGAAGGUUGCUGCAAAGGUCAUUGGCGAAGUCCAGGCACUUAUCAUUUUUCCAGUUGUGCCAUACUUCAUCCUCGCUAUCUUUUACAUGUUCUGGUUUUCAGCGACACUUCAUCUUUUCAGCGCCGGUCAAGUUAUACGAAAUGAUUGUAAUAAUGAUUGUUGUUCAUAUGAUCUCAAACUUGGCAAAGUAAAUUGUGACAGCUGUUGUGGCUACAGUAUCCAUUACACCCCACAUAUUGGCAUCGCCAUUCUUUUCCAUUUCUUUGGCUGUUACUGGGCAACACAAUUUUUCAUCGGGUGUUCUUCGACUAUAAUUGCUGGAUCAGUUGCUUCAUAUUACUGGGCACGUGGUGAAAUAUCGCGUGAUAUCCCUUUCCAUACUGUGGUAUCUUCCCUGAAGCGCUUAUUGCGCUAUAGCCUGGGAUCUGUGGCUCUGGGCUCGCUGAUUGUGUCCAUCAUAGAGUGGGUGCGAUUCAUACUCGAGUCACUACGCCGCAGGCUGAAAUUUGUUGAUUCUGCCCGUGAAAGCAGGUUGGGGAAGGCAGUAUCAUCCUCAUCUCAGUGCUGCUUAGGCUGCAUUGAUUGGACCCUGAAAUCAGUGAAUCGAAAUGCUUAUGUCAUGAUUGCCAUUACAGGGAAAGGAUUCUUCAAGGCUUCCGUGCUAGCAACUGAAUUAAUCAUGAACAACAUAUUGCGCAUUGGGAAAGUGAAUGUCAUUGGGGAUGUGAUUCUUUUGUUGGGCAAGCUUUGUGUUAGCCUGUUGUGUGCACUGUUUGCCUUCCUUAUGUUGGAUGAGCACAAGUACAGAUCUGGCCAUAACAAGAUAUCAUCGCCACUAGUCCCCGUGCUGUUGUCGUGGGUGCUGGGUUAUAUAGUUGCAAAGCUUUUCUUUGCAGUGGUGGAGAUGUCAAUCGACACUAUGGUCCUGUCAUUCUGCCAGGACUCGGAAGAACAUCAGGGGAGCGCUCAGUAUGCGCCCCCGCUACUGAUGGAGACACUGGAUGAAGAGAGCGAGUUGCGAAGACUGACACAGGGACAGGGGCCAUGAAGCAUGAUCUUCUAAAUACGUGUAGGGAUAGAGCUAGAGGUGAAACUGAAUGGUGUGUUAUCUGUACUUUAUUUAUAUAUGAAUCACUGGGGUGGAUGGAGGUGCAAGUAAUUAAGGUGGUUAUGGUUAUGGUUAUGGACUGGUUAUCAGCUAAAUACGAGGAAUAGGGCUAGAGCUAGAAUUGAAACUGAAUGGUGGGAUGGCAGAUACUGUUGGCUGUUGGCUGAUUUGUUGUGAGAGAAAAAUACUUUCUUGCAAGUGAUUAUUUUAAGGUGGUUGGUUGGUUGCUUGCUUCGCUGACGUGACCAGCUAGCUGUAAAUAUGAUGGUGAUGGAUUCAUA